AUGUUUUCAAGAAUCUUAAAACAAACAGUUUCUAAAAGAACUUUAACUAGUUCAUCAAGAUUAUUCCAAGCUCCAACCAAAGUAAAUUCACCAACCGCUACCAAAUUAGCUGAAGUUACCGGUCCAGAUUCAUCAUUAAUUGGUCCAGGUGCUCAACCAGGUACUAUUCCAUCAAAUUUAGAUCAAGCUACUGGUUUAGAAAGAUUUGAAAUGUUAGGUAAAAUGGAAGGGGUUGAUGUUUUCGACAUGGAAAACCCAAUCUUCGAAGGUUCAGGUACUAUGCAAGAUCCUUACCUUGUUCCAACUUACGUUGGUUACAGAUAUGUUGGAUGUAUGGGUAAAAAAGGUGAAGAACAUAGACCUUAUUGGUUAAAAGUUACUUGUGAUGAACCUGCUAGAUGUUGGCACUCAGGUGUUGUUUUCUUAGGUAAAUAUGUUGGUGCUCCAGAACACAGUCAUCAUUAA